AUGGUAGGAAACAUUCUACUGCUUGCUGGCGAGUUAGUAAGGUCUCAUAAUAUGAAAGCCACAAUGAUGUCAGCAAUUCCAUUGUUAAAGACAUGCUUGAGCAUAGUUGCAGAGUUCAACUUAAAUCGAAAGGAUGCACAGGAGUCGGUGAAUUUAUCAGAAGAUGCCUCAACCAAGCAACGGCGUGUGCGGCAACAAUCUCUCAGUGGAAAGAAGUUAGGAUGUUCGACAUUGUUGAUCUGUGCCCUGACCUGUAUACAGCGAAUCAUGGAUCAGUUCGCUCCAUUCGUUUCACAAUUCCUUCCCGAUAUCAUCGUUCAGUUCUGCUGUAUAAGUGGACGAUAUGAUGACCUAAGUGAAGGGCCAAGUACUCUGCCUAUUCCAGCUGUCGAUAAAUCUCAAGUUUUAAAUACCACUAGAAGUGUUAUUCUCCACAGAAUCAAUCUUAUUCGCUCAGCACUUUCUAAGGUUGAACUUCGUGUCUUGCAAAAACAUCUCUCGAAAGCGCUUGUUGAACUCUCCUCUGAAGAGUACACCAAAGUAGCUGUUCUUCAGAAACCUCUGAUGAAUUUAUUCUCACUUCUUGAAAGUCAUUUCGACCAGAAGAAUCGUGUUAUCGUCAGUCAAAUUAGGGACACUUUGAUGACAGAGGUCUUCCUGAAAGGAUUUGAGUAUCGUGCCCGUGAGAGGAAUGUGGAGAAAUUUCAAUGCGUUAUGUUUGUUGAAAACAGUAUGUUUAAAGCACUGUUAGCAAUGGCUGAGGUUUUGACGGAAAACACUCUUAGAUCUGUAAUGACUCUCUUCGUAGAUUGGGCUGAAUUAGGUCUGAAAUCGGCAACUACAGAUCACCGGUGUCGACUUGUCACUCUUUUCCGCUUUGCGAACAGGACGCAAGCGGUCGUGUUGAAAAACCAUAUUUGGCAGUUUCGGUUAAUGCAAAAUCCAUCGUUGUUGUUAACUGGUAAGAAGGGUACAAUGGAUGGCUUAGAAGCAGAUCUGCUCGUUACAAACGUUAUCGAUUUCAUUGCUAACUGCGCUCAUCACCGAGAGUUCUUUUCGCAAGAACGAACUGAGAUAUUGAUUGAGUCUCUUGUCAACGAAAUAUUGAAUACAAAACUGAACGGGCAUAAGAAGAGAUGUGUAAACCAUCUGUCCCUUGCUCUUUAUUAUAUUUCUGGCAUACAUCCGGACAGUUUCCAGACUGUUCUAGAUAAGAUCUUGCUCAUGACAAGAAGUAAUAAAGCAAAGGUACGUACAUCUUUAAACAGAAGGAAAGAUACAACAUGUGUUUAA